AUGUACGUUGUUAUUGCUGCUACUAUAACAACAGUCAGCAAUAGCAGUCCUUCCUCAUCUAAAACUGCCGUCUAUCUCCAAGCACAAGCUCUGCGCUACCUUACUCUUCUCUUCCUUCCUCUCCCCACCUCAUUUAUUAACCUUCACCUGACACUCACUCUCUUACUCUCCCCACUCCCUGUCUUCUGUUUUACCCUUUCUUUCCCCCUCCCCCCCUCUCUCUCUCUCUUAUUCAGUUUCCCUCUUUCUCCCUUUCUUCCUUUCUGUGCCAGUCUUUUUGCCUGUACGCCUGCCAUAGUGGAUUUUACUAGCAGCGAUGGUUCAGUCACUAAACUGGAUGGUGGACGAACAACAACCGCCGUUUUUACUUUCCGAAAUUAUCUGUCUGUCUGUCUGUCUAUCUAUCUAUCUAUCUAUCUCGGUGCUUUUAUAUAUUUCGAUAUAUCUAUCCGUCUUUUUCGGUCUGUUCAUAUCCUAUCCUAUCUAUCUAUCUAUCUAUCUAUCUAUCUAUCUAUCUAUCUAUCUAUCUAUCUAUCCCAGUUUGUUCAUAUCGAUUUGAGUCUGUUCAUAUCUAUCUAUCUAUCUAUCUAUCUAUCUAUCUAUCUAUCUAUCUAUCUAUGUGUUCUAUUUUUCGCUCUCUCUCUCUCUCUCUCUCUCUCUCUCUCUCUUCUCACUGUAUCUAUCUAUAUAUUUCAGUCUUUAUCUAUCUAUCUAUCUAUCUAUCUAUCUAUCUAUCUAUCUAUCUAUCUCAGUCUGUUAAUUAUCUGUCUGUCUAUCUAUCUAUCUGUCUCUGCCGAGACAUUAUUUCCCUCGGAUUUAACAACUGUUGAACCAUUAUCUAUCUAUCUAUCUAUCUAUCUAUCUAUCUAUCUCAAUCUGUUUGUUAUCUACCUAUCUAUAUUCAUUUUCUAUCUGAAAAUUUUCCUUAUCUAUCUAUCUAUCUAG